CAUUCCUCCCUCCCUCCCUCCUUCCAUUCUCCCUUUUUUUUCCUAUGGCCACCACAUCCUUCAUCUUUCUUCUCAUUUCAUUUCUCACCAUCACCACCCAUGGCCAUUCCAACCACCCCACCACCACCUCCGUCUAUCUCUCACCAUCACCCAAAUCCCUCUUCUCAAACUACAACAAAAUGCUCAAUUUUUUCAAAAUAUAUAUCUAUCCAUCACAUAAUCAUACUUCAACACCUCCUCUAAUUUACACCACCCCACAAGAAUCCCAAUUUUACAACUCUCUUAUCAAGUCCCCUUUCAUCACCCAAGACCCAACUCAUGCUCACCUAUUUUUCCUCCCUUUUCCUUCCUCUUCCUCCACGCGCUCCAUCGCGCGUUUAAUUAAAAACAUACGAACCACUUUCCCUUAUUGGAACCGUACACUUGGUGCUGAUCACUUUUACCUCUCAUCCACUGGCGUUGACUCUUCAUCUGACCGUAACAUAGUCGAACUUAAAAAGAAUUCUAUUCAGAUCUCUUGUUUCCCUACCAUGCCCGGUUUUUUUAUUCCUCACAAAGACAUAACACUUCCACCAGUUCACCGGUUUCAAUUAAUUAACCCGGUUAACGAUACGGUCACGAUAUCGUUAACCGGUUACUUGAAACUAAAUAAACCAGUCCCGUUAAGUUUAAUUGAUAAACUUAACGGGCACCCUGACUUUAAAGUCGAAUAUAAUGUAAACAACAAGUUUGCAAAAAAUAGUAAAUUUUGUUUAUUUGUGUACGGGUAUGAUGACAUGGCAUGGAUGGUGGAAGCGAUGGGAUCACGAUGUGUGCCGGUGGUGAUUACUGACCGUCCGAUACAAGAUUUACCUUUGAUGGACGUGAUUGAUUGGUCGGAAAUAGCGGUGUUUGUGGGGACCAGUGGUGGUGUUGAAGGCGUGAAAAGGGUGUUGGAUGGAAUUAAUGAGAGUCGUUAUGAAGAAAUGAUGGAAUCAGGUGUGACGGCAACACGACAUCUAGUAUGGAACGAGGAACCACAACCGCAGGAUGUGUUUCAUAUGAUUGUUUAUCAGUUGUGGCUCAGAAGACAUACCAUUAGAUACGCCAGAUGGACCGAGUAAUUAAUACUGUAGUAGUUUGAUUACAUGACUAGUACUUUGUUUUCUACAUAUUUUUUUGUUCUUUCUUUCUAUUUUUAGAUGCCGUUUAUAAUGAAAUAAGACAUUAUUUAGCA